AUGAGUGGGGCACGCAAGGUUGGUAAAGAAUCAGCCGCUGUCAAGUUUGCGGCAGCAACGCAAUCGGAUGAUUUCAAGAUUGAAGACGACAAGCCAUACGCUGAGCUAUGGAUGGGCACUCAUCCCUCUCUACCUUCCAAGGACCUCGAAACACAGAGAUCUCUUCUGGAGCUUGUCCAAGAGAAUAAAGCUUUGAUGUCAACGGAGAUCAGCGAGAAAUAUGAAGACAAACUUCCCUUCUUAUUCAAGGUCCUCUCUAUCCGGAAGGCUCUGAGCAUACAGGCUCAUCCAAAUAAGAAGCUUGCGGAGAAGCUACAUUCCAAGGACCCGAAGAACUAUCCAGAUGACAAUCACAAGCCUGAGAUGACCAUUGCCAUAACGCCUUUCGAUGGUCUGUGUGGCUUCAGACCGCUAGGCGAGAUAUCGCAUUUCCUGUCAACCGUCCCUUCAUUCCGCAAACUUGUUGGCGAAGACAAGGCCAAGAACUUCGAGGAAACCGUUAAGGGCCGCGAGACUUCCGACAAGGAAGAAGACGUCACCGCCAAUAAGAAAGCGUUGCAAGAAGCUUUUACAGGCCUGAUGAACGUGAAGAGUGAUCAGGUUGAGGCUGCCACAAUGGAGCUACUAAAGGCAGCGAAGAACGGAGGCGAGGAGUUCGCUGGCAGUGGUGGUCCGUCUAAUAACGGCAAGGAACUCGCUGGUCUGGUCGUGAGAGUCAAUGACCAGUUCCCGUCUGAUAUCGGCCUGUUCGUGUUGUUCUUCCUCAACUACGUCAAGCUUGAGGUCGGCGAGGCCAUGUUCCUGAAGGCUGACGACAUUCACGCCUAUCUCUCCGGCGACAUCAUCGAAUGCAUGGCCUCCUCCGACAACGUCGUCCGCGCCGGCUUCACCCCCAAAUUCAAAGAUGUCUCCACCCUGACCACCAUGCUCACAUACUCAUACGCUCCAAUCUCUGAGCAAAAGAUGCAUCCGACGGAUUACCCUUACGUCACCCUCAACCGUACCGCUUAUUCCUCAGGCUCGUACUGCCUGCUGUACGACCCUCCAAUCGAGGAGUUCAGCGUCACCAAGCUCGAACUCAAGGCUGACGGUGCCAAAGCGACCUUUGAUCCGAUUCAGGGACCUAGUAUCGUUCUUUGCACGGCGGGUGAGGGGACGGUUAGUGUGGGGCCGAAGACUGAGGAUGUGAAGCCGGGGUAUGUCUUCUUUGUUGGCGCGACGGCGGAGUUGGUGGUGGAGAGCAAGUCGGAGGACCUUACAAUCUUCAAGGCCUUUUGUGAGCUGCAUGGGAAGGAAAGCGCGCUGUGA